AUGGCGACCGAGAUCUGCAAUUCCGAUUAUGAGCCACGACCCAGUAAGCAACAGCGGGUCCGUUCCCCCAUGAUCAAUCAACUUGGGGACGAUCUCCUCUUAGAAAUUUUCAUUCGACUCCCUAACCCUAGAUACGCCUGGCAGAGCAAAGCCGUCUGCAAGCGCUGGAGGUCUCUGAUCUCCAACCCUAGCUUCAAUCGCCGUUUUGUUUCUCACCACCAGAGCAUCAGCGAGCUGCGACCACCUCUGAUUCUUCCCUCAGACGACCCGGAAUCCAUCAUCCAGAGCUUCGUCCCCGCGCCUCCUGGAGUGCGUCUGGUAGUUUUGGAUUCCUGCGGUGACUUGCUCUUGUGCGGCUUUCCUUGGGAUGCUCGUGAACACGCCAUUAAAGUGUACAGAUCGUACAUUGUCUGCAAUCCUUUCACGAAGCAAUGGCUCCCGCUUCCUCUGCAGCCUCUGUGGCCGACCGGGAGCUCGGGAUUGGUUGCGAGAUGGACGUGUUCUGUUCCGAGCGUAGAGAAUGGAUGA